AUGACAAACCCCCACCCACACGAUCACCAAGCAUCUGCCCCCUUCGAGGGCCCCGAAAAGCUCCUGGAAAUAUGGUUUGCCCCUUCAGCGGCUGCCGUCCCACAUCUUGACCAUGCUAGUAACGGAAAAACAGGCCUCAGAGCCGUUCCCCGCCAAGUCUGGGAGGACAUGCUUGACAUUGUCAAGUGCAAGGUCCUCAGCGUCAUCCAAGGCACCGAGAUCGAUGCCUACCUCUUAAGCGAAUCAUCCUUCAUCGUCUCUCCUCAUCGUCUCAUCCUCAAAACCUGUGGAACAACCCUCAACCUCCUUGGCUUGCCUCGCAUCCUGGAAAUUGCUGCUAACGAGGCAAAGAUGCACUCUGUGUAUCGCUUUUUUUAUUCCCGUAAAUCAUUCAUGUUCCCAGAACGCCAGCUUGGUCCCCACAAGGACUGGAAACAAGAGGUCGGGUAUCUCGACCAAAUCUUCAAGAAUGGAGCAGCCUAUACCGUCGGAAAGGUCAAUGGCGACCAUUGGCUCCUGUAUCUCACAGCCGCCGAGUUUCCCUCCGUGCCCAACGGCAUUGACCCCGUUAUUACUCACCACCUUGCCUCGGAAGAUCGUCACGUUGACUAUACCAUCGAAAUUCUCAUGAGUCACCUCUCUCCCAAGGCUAGCGAGCCUUUCUUCUUCUCUGACUCUCAGACCGAGGGACCCGAAGUCACUCCAUCCUCUUUGGCAGCCUCUCUUUCUGAGAAGCUUGGCAUCACGAACAUUUUUCCUCCCUCUCUCACCGACCUCGACGCCUACGCCUUCCAGCCGUGUGGCUACUCCUCCAACGCCCUUAUUAAAUGGGGCCACGAAUCCCUCGAAUCCGACUACCAAUUCACCGUUGGCAAAGACGGCCGGACCGUCCCAGGGCACUUCGGUGAAGGCUACUAUACCAUCCACGUUACCCCAGAGGAGGGAUGGUCCUACGCCAGCUUCGAGUGCAACAUCCCCCUCUCCACUUCCACCGUCUCCCACGAAGGCAAAAUACCGGACCUCAAGGGCCUGGUCAAGCGCGUCGUCGAUAUCUUCGAACCCGGUCGCAUUACCGUCACACUAUUUAUAUCCAGCGAGGAUAACGAUACGGGAGACGAAAGCGCCGUCGAGGCGGCUCAGCGAGCAUUCAAGACAGCACUGACGGAAGUGCGCUGCAACAAGCCAGACGGGCUCUCCAGAGUCUACAAGAGGACCGACAAAAUCAACUACGAAUUCGGAGGAUACGAUUUAGCAUUUGCGAGUUUCGAAUUGAAAUAG